AUGGGUGUGGCAGCUGUCAUCGAACCCUUGGUUGUUGUGACUCUACUCUUCGGGGGCACAUGGAUCAACCGCAGAUCGCGUCGGCCAUCUCAUCUUGACCAGGUUUCUUCAAAAGACUAUGAGCCCGAGUCUCCGGGGUCUCAGCAAUCAUAUGGCUCCAGGUCUACGUCCCCGGAUCCUGAAAACCUUGCCAACCCUCCGCCGAUGCUCUCCUUUUUUGGCCAACGACGGUCACGCGUCAUCAGUAUACUUGGAUUUUCUUGGAAAGUGGAAACGCCCUGUACGAAGAUAUUUGAAGAACGUCUACUCAGUCGCGUGCUCCGGAAAUUCCCUUUCUUGGUCGAGUGUUGGUAUUGGGCUCUAGUAUAUUGGACAUAUCAAAUCGGCCGGGCAAUCACUGCUAUGACCCUUAAGGAGGAAACUGUCGAUGUCGCACGUCACCACGCCUUGCAGGUGAUCUGGCUAGAAGAGAAGCUAGGUUUGUUUGUCGAAGUUUCGCUGCAGGGGUGGCUACUCAAGAGGCCCCUUCUAAUGGCUUGUGUCAAUUGGAUCUACUCCUUCAUUCACAUCCCUGGGACGAUCGCAUUCUUAGUCGGGCUUUACUACUACACCACCACUCGAAACGAGACGACUGGAUAUCGGCCGCUGAAGCCGUGGUAUGCUCAAGAACGGCCUGCAGGACCGGCGUUGUACCAGGAUCGUCGACGGACAUUAGCCAUGUGCAAUUUCCUCGCGUUCAUCGUCUUCACACUCUGGCCUUGUAUGCCUCCUCGAUUGCUCAGCGAUGCGUCCGUGGAGACACCCGACGGAGAGGCGGGCCGCAAGUACGGCUUUGUGGAUACUGUUCAUGGCGCGGAUGGGGUCGGUAGCGUAUGGACUCAAAAUCGAUUUUGCAAUCAAUACGCUGCCAUGCCAUCCUUGCACUUUGGGUAUUCGCUCUUGAUUGGCCUGAGUAUAAUGACCAUCCCCCUCGAGUCCCCCAGCCAUGGCCGAGGAGGUUCGAAAGAGCUUCCUCGCCGGUAUACUCUCUGGCAUUGGCGACGUGUGCUUUGCGUGGUGCUUGGUUUCUUGUAUCCAUUCAUCAUCUUGCUGGCUAUCAUCACCACAGCCAACCACUUCGUUUUAGAUGCUGUAGCAGGCAUGGUGGUCUGUGGUCUUGGAUGGUGGCUCAAUGGGGCUUUGCUAAACCUGCUUCCCUUGGAGGACUACUUCCUGUGGCUGCUUCGGAUUCAUAAGCCCGAAUCCAGUACCCGGGGGUACUCAGGUAUGCUCAGCUGA